AUGGGGACCUACCGAAAACGGCACAAUGAAAAGGCUCGCCGAGGUUUCCUUGCCAAGACUGCGGCGUUAAAGAAGGCGCGACAGCAACAGUUCUAUCGCCAUCUUGAGGACGGCACCGAGGACGGUGCUGAAGAGAUCCAAGAACCGGAAGCUAACCCUAAUGUCGAGGUGCUCCAGCCGAUGCUGAAAGAGGAGAAAGCCGAACGCAAACGGAAGUUGGAAGAACAGCUAAAUGCCGACCAGCCGGAACUGAAAAUGAGCCGUCAGAAGCGGAAGAGAAUGGAGAAAUACAUCGACCACCAGCUUAAACGCGAUGAGAAGAAAGUGUUGCUUGAAAAAUUGGCCCAGACGAAAGUGGACACUCUGAAACUUGUCCAGGUGAAACUGCUAGGGCUUGGUAAGCAGACUAAACGACAACAGUUUGCUGAGGCACUUGAAUUAGAGCGCCAGGGCCGUGCCAGUGAUAAGACUAGAGAUAUCCUUUACGAGACGAGAGAAGUGAAAGAGUGGGACGAAGACGACUCCAAUGACGGUUCUGAUGACGAUGAUGAUGACGAAGACGAAUUGGCUCAGUUUGGUGAUACUCCACUGGCAUUUACGCUGACACUGACUGCGUCGUCGCUGUUUAUUGAUAAUCGACCUAAGAAGUUUGGCGGUCAGUCGAUGGGGUUUGGUUUCGCUAAUUUGCCUAAGAUUGAGAAGGAUCCGGUGAAGAAGAAGUAUAACUGGAGGACGAAAGUGGCUAAAGAAGACGCUAAGCGGAGGAAGAAGGAGGAUGACGCCGAUUUUGAUUCUCUGAGUGAUGAAGAAGAAAAUAAUGAGGAGGAGGAAGAAGAGGAGGAUGAGGAGGAUGAGGAGGAGGAUGGUGAAGAAGCCAAUGGUGACGUUGAAGAAGACAAAGAAGAAGACGAUGAAGAAGACGAGGAUGAUGAAGAAGGUGACGACUCAGAGGAAGACUCUGAGGAAGAGGAAUCAGAAGAAGAAGAAGAAGAAGAACAGCCUCGUCUUAUCCAACAGAAACCGAAACACUCAAGUGCUGCUGAAGAGUUUAAACAGUGGGCUGAGCACCGCAUUCGAGUCAAUGAAGGUCGCGAUAAGGAAGAAGUCAGAGCCGCUAUUCCUGAAGAGAUUCGCAAACAAAUUCUCGAACGUAAAGUGAGAGAUGAAGAUAUUGACCACUCAUCUGACGAAGAAGGCUACGUCCCCAUCAAUAAGCAGAUGCAACGUCAAGCGCAUUUCGUCAACAUUGAGCGUCUGGAAGAAGUACAAGAACAGCGGGUGGGGCUUCCAGUUUACUCUGAAGAAGCUCGUAUCAUGGAAGCCGUGUACCACCACGAUACUCUUGUCAUUUGUGGUGAAACAGGGUCCGGUAAAACCACCCAAGUACCGCAAUUCCUUUACGAAGCUGGGUUCGGUAACCCUGACCUGACGAUGUAUCCUGGUAUGAUUGGGAUUACCCAACCGAGAAGAGUGGCGGCUGUUUCAAUGGCUAAGCGGGUGGGUAACGAAAUGGGUAACCACGGCCACCGGAUCGGCUACCAGAUCCGGUUUGACAGUACCAUCAAGGAUGAGGGGACCAAAGACGGCACCGCGAUGAAGUUCAUGACUGAUGGUGUGCUUUUAAGAGAGAUGAUGAAGGACUUUUUGCUUACGAAAUAUCUGGCGAUUGUCAUUGAUGAAGCCCACGAAAGAAACAUUAAUACCGAUAUUUUGAUCGGGAUGCUUUCUCGGGUGGUUAAACUCCGUCGCCAAUACCACGACAAGGACCCUCAAGCUCACAAACCACUUAAGCUUUUGAUCAUGUCGGCGACGUUGCGGGUAUCUGAUUUCUCGGAGAAUAAGACGCUUUUCUCCACGCCCCCUCCCAUCAUCAAAGUCGAUGCUCGUCAAUAUGAGGUUAAGGUCCACUUCAAUAAGCACACAGGGUUUGACUACAUGGAAGACGCUUUUAAUAAGGUGUGUAAGAUCCACCGCAAGCUUCCUCCCGGUGGUAUCUUAGUGUUCUUGACAGGGCAGAAUGAGAUUACUCACUUGGUUAAACGGCUUAGAGCUGAGUUCCCUUUCAAGAAGGAACUGGAUAACCCUGGCUACGACAGAGAUGAUGUCAAAGUACAACUCUCAAAGCAUACUGAUGCUGAAGCUGAGGAUGUUGACUUUGCUGUGGACGACGCUGAGCAAUUACCCGGUGUAGAUCACGAUGAUUACCAACUGGAUCUGGAAGAAGAAGAAGGGUUUGACGAAGAAUUGGAGCCUCACCAGCUGCCUGAUGACCCAUUAUAUGUACUCCCGCUUUAUUCAUUGCUUCCUACAAACCAGCAAAUGAAGGUAUUCCAAGCUCCGCCUCCUGGCUCUCGUAUUUGCAUUGUUGCCACUAACGUUGCCGAAACGUCAUUGACGAUCCCUGGUAUCCGCUACGUGGUUGAUUGUGGCAGAGCUAAAGAACGCAAAUAUAACGACGAGACAGGUGUACAACUGUUUGAGAUUGACUGGAUUUCCAAAGCUUCUGCCGAUCAGAGAGCCGGUAGAGCUGGUCGUACCGGUCCAGGUCACUGCUACCGGUUAUUCUCACUGGCGAUUUAUGAAGAAUACUUCCCUCAGUUUAGUGAGCCUGAAAUCCUCAGAAUGCCGUUUGAAAGUAUCGUGCUCCAGAUGAAACUGAUGGGUAUCGACCAUAUUGCCAACUUCCCCUUCCCCACUCCUCCUGACCGUCCUCGCCUUAAGCGAGCAGAACAACUAUUGACGGUAUUGGGAGCAUUGGAUGCUAAGACUAAACAGGUGACGGAUUUGGGUAAGACGAUGUCGAUGUUCCCCUUGAGUCCUCGCCACGCCAAGAUCUUGAUUGUGGGUAACCAGCUUGAGUGCUUACCUUAUAUCAUUGCCCUCGUUAGUGCCUUUUCCGUGGGUGAUCCUUUCAUUGGCGAACACGAAUUGGGCAUCAAAGAGAACCAGCAAACCGAGAAUGGUGACUCUGAUGAAGAUGACUCUGAUGAUGACGACUCCCACAACAACGAUGAACGUCGUAAACAGCUUAGACUGCGUUAUUUCAACUCGCGGAGAACAUUCUCUCAAUUGGACCCCGCGGACAUGUUUGUCCUCUUGCUGGCGGUGUGUGCCUACGACCACAUCCCUAAGGAACUGAAGGAUAACUUCACCAAACUGCAUUUCCUCAGAGGCAAGCUCAUGGACGAAAUCGCUAAGCUUAGACAGCAGAUCUCGCACAUGGUGACGAUGUACACCACCAACGAUAUUGUCGACAAUUCAAAGCAACCACUCAAGCUCGGAGUGCCGCUGAAGCCUCAGGUGGCCGCAAUCAAGCAGAUGGUGGCUCUGGGUUACUUGGACAUGGUGGCGAUCCGCAGUGAUUGCAUCGACGCCGAUAUUAGGCUCACCAAUAAUACUAGCAUUUUGCGGGUUCCGUACACUCCCGUGGUCCCCGUCGAAGAAGCCCAACAUGUGUUUAUUCACCCCGGUUCGGCAUUAGCUCAUCUGGGUAAGACACCGCCACAAUACCUCAUCUACUCGUCGCUUAACAAAUCAUUGACGAGAAAGGAAAUGGUGAGAGUGACGUUGAAGCCGUUGGUGGAGAUCCUGGGGAAACUGCUUGCCAAUAUCGGUAAGAACUCGCCGCUUAUCACUUAUUCUAAGCCGUUGGGUCACCCCUAUGCUCCUAAAAACAUCAGUGCUACAAAGCGUGAAUGUUACGUGGUGCCUCGAUUCGGUGCCAGUGUUGGUGGCCUGGGUGUGGGCUGGGAUUUGCCCGUGGUUAAAGUCAUCCAGGUGAAGAAGCACGGGUCGUGGGUGCUUGACAAGAUUGUGGGUUAA